UGACAUUUAUGUUAAUGGCGAUAUUUACGUUGACAUUAAAUGUGCUUCUUGUGUUUAUGUGACAAUGGGAUUUUAAGCCCGGACUUUUGUCUCUCAGGCAAAGCAGUAUCUCCACCAAAAGCUCCACUAAAUAAAUAAUGUAUGUCUACGUUAAUGAGUAAAAUACGGUUAAAGUAGGGCGAUGGUCGGAAUUUUUAUCUGCCAACUGUAGCGAAAGUUGGGGAAGUGGGGAGGGCUGCCUGACACGCGCUCUCGGGGGAGAACAACAUAACUUGCCUGGCUUCUGGUUGUCAUGAUUACGAGUACUGUUUUCAUUGAUGUCUAGCUAGCUAACUGGUUUGGUAACAGUAAGUUGUUAUUAUGAUAUAUUGGCACAUGUUGAAGUAAUAUUAUUAAACCCAAUAUGCAAAAAUGUCCGACACGCGUAAAAACGAAGAUAAGUUGGGAGAAGUUUUAGUUAAGGUUCAAGAGGAUUUGAGACAACUCAAAUGUAGUCUUGAGACAAUUGCUGUCGGUGAGCUGGGCAAAACACUGGACAUUCAAGCCCUGGGCAACGCCAUCUGCAAGACAGAGAGCAACAUCAGGAAACAUGCUGAGGAUUAUCUGAAAACAGUGACUGAGCAGCUGCUGGUUCUUCCAAACAUUGAAGACUUACAAAAAAAGACUGUGCAGAUUCCCAAAUGGAAACCUGCUCUGGAGAGUUUCCCAGAUGUGCGCCCACAAAGGGAAGACUUUCCAGGGGCUUCACCUAGGGAAAAGCACAAGUCACCAGUAGCCAUGCGUUUGCUGUGUAAUCCUGCUCACCCAAAUAACAGAGCCAUUUUGUACCAGAAAUGUGGAAUAUCACUGCCUGAUGUCCACAAGAGGAGCACAAAUGCAGCAAAACGUCACAGAAUUAUCACUGGCCCUACUGUGAGAUUUCAAGCCUUUGGACCAAAGGGUCGUCACAGCCUGGCAAUACCUGAAGAGGACACAGGGACAGACAUGGGGACAGACACAGGGACAGACACGAGGACAGACAUAGGGACAGUGCCAGAUACAGGUUUGCUUCAUCUGUCAAUCCAGCACAAGGCUGCUUCUCUUCACCCCAGAGAGGAUUCAUAUUCUUCUAAGAUAGGUGUGAUAGGCUUGAAAUCCAGGUGUCAUAAGCAGUUGAAAUGGAAAACAGAACCUGGAUCUACCUGCAAAAAAACAGGCACCAAAUGCACACCACUCUGGACCACCAAGACACCGCCUCCCUCCACAACCUCCAAGAGCAUGGACCACGGGAGUUUGAUGCAAGGCACCAACGAUUUUAUCCCUAAAAUGCCUCAGAAUCUACCUGUGCCAGUUCCUGUAAACACCAGUAAAUAUGCCUUUACCAUCACAAAGGGAAGGAUCAACCCAACGGCAGCUGAUUUCUGUCACUUUAAGCAGAGCUUUAGCUUGUGCUGGAGCAGUGUGGUAUAUGCUCUGGAGGCCCUAGAAAAGCUGCUCAGGGAUUUUGCAGUGCCUCUAGCCAAAGUGAGUGGGGAACGGCUAGUGGAGUUUGCUCAUGGAUGGGAAAAUGGUUGGAAAAAGGCACUUCCAGUGAUCGACCUCCUCUCAGUGCUUGAAAACUGGGAGGAGGUACAGGGUCUGGUCUUACGCCCAGGUCAGCGCUACAAGGGAGAAGGAGGCAUUGAGGCGGCUGCCAUCCACAUCCAGUCCUGCUGGAGGCGCCAUGUAGCCCGGACAGCCUACCUGCGCCACUGCCGGCGCAAGUGGGCGGCAGGGACCAUCACCAUCUCAUGGUUGAUGCACACUCAGAUGCGUCGUGUCAGGAAGGCCCUGCAGGCCCGGCGGUUUAGACAGCUGGAGAAUUACCGCAGCAGAGCCCAGCAUCUGGCAGCCAACUGGAAACACAUCCAGUCCUCCAAGAGGACCAUUAUCCACAUCCCUUCAUUAGGAUACUCUGAGAGCCAGCGACUGAACUUGAGGGGAUUUGAUAUCCUACAGAACAUACAAAUAAACAGGCUGUGUGAUAUUAGAGAUGAAAAUGUGGAAGUGAUUUACAUAUGCUCCCAGCAUCUGGGGGAGGGAAUCUUGCACUAUUACACCAGCCUCCUGAAGUGUGAUGGAGCCACAGACGGGGCUGAGACUGGAACUACUGAGGUCUCAUCCUGUGUCAGACGCUUUGUCAUCCUUGUACCUGAGGCUGUAGAUCAUUUCGCGACUCGUAGCAUGUGCCUGUCUACCCUCCUAAAGUACAGUCCACGUACCCUGAAGCGCAUCAGGAACCUGAUCCAAGGGAAGCAAGCCUAUAUUGUGGGUGGAGUGGCCCAUGUGGAUGACCUGGCAGUAGCUGAUGAGCUGGGAGUGCCAAUCCUAGGGUCAGAACCUGCUAUUGCACAGCUCUACAGCACCAAGUCUGGAGGACGGAGGAUCUUCACUGGGGCAGAAGUUGACGUACCCCCUGGUCAAGGAGACAUCUACUCACUAAACCAGCUUCAUGAAACACUGGCUGAGCUUAUGACCCAAAACUUUGAUGUACAGCGCUGGUUCUUCAAGGUAGACUCUGAGCACAGUGGCCGUGGUACAGCAUACUGUGAUGUAUGCCAUCUUAGCUGCUAUAACUGGGCCCUGCAGGAAUGCCAUCGUUGUGGUCCUGAGCUAUGGAAAACAAAAUGGAUUCAGGAGUCUGUACAGCUCAGAUAUUUAGAUGAAAUCCCAGAGUGGCUGGCCCGUUACGCCCGGCCUGCUAAAACCUCCUGCUAUCCCAACUGGGCCUGCUUCCUGAAGACCUUCCUCAGGCAAGGUGGAGUGGUGGAGGCCUACCCCCCUUCAGACAGUGUCACCUGUCUGACAGUAGAUCUGCUGCUGGAGCCUGGGGGUGAGGUGACCAUGCUGUCCUGUGGAGACCAGCUUCACAGCUCCUGUCAACUGGAAGCUGUAGGCUCCACUGUUCCUCAGACCUCUGUACACCCAGAGACCUUGCACUCCAUCGGCAUGCGAGUGGGCCAGGCCUGUCUGCAGCGCCUCAUCGUAGGUUAUGUCUCUGUGGACCUGGCUACCUUUUUGAACCACAACACCAUGGAGCAGAAGGUGUGGGCUAUUGAUCUGGACCUCACAUACAGUGACCAGCUGGCCAUGACCCAGAUGCUUCUGAUGAUGACUAAAGGAACGCUGAAUUGCCGCACAGGCUGUUUAGAAGUGCCAAUGCCAAGCAGAGAAAAAUGCUGUGAACACCAGACUGCAGCCAAACCUCCUGUGGUUAAUCGUUAUGCAGUUAUUGGGAGCCGCUUGUUUCACUCUAACCUUUCCAUGUUGUACCAUAAUGUGUUCUUUAAGAUGUGCAAGGCUCAUGGCAUAAGAUUUAACAUGAAGAGGAAGCAAGGCACCACCUUUGCUCUUUACGACAGCAAUGAGCGAUGCAACAUUGGAAUGAUAACAGUCUCUGAGGAUCUCCAGGGAGCUCUGGUGACCUUUGCUCGGAAUCUGUCAGUCAUUCAUCAGGAAAUAUCAUCCUCUAAAAUGCAAGGAGAAACCAAUUUCAAGGAGCUGAUCAAGGACAUAGACGAUGUACUGCAGAUGACUGUUCAGAACAAGCUGCGAGCGGUGAAGGAUAAACCUGCUGCUUAGACAGCUGCUUCACCGAUAAGCUUGCCUUGUUCUUGCCAAGUUAAGUCACCGUGUCUUUGUCAGCUUUAAUGUCACAAUACACUGUGAAUAUGUGAACCCUGGAGAUAAAUCAAUGUUGAGCAAACACAGAUUGCCAAAUAAAUACCUGAAAAGCAUUGUCAGAAUCUUUUUCUUUUUUUCUCGUUUCUAGUUUCAACAGUCUGAAUAAACUGUCCUUUAAUACUGGAAAACAAAUACAGUAAACUAUUCACUAUUCCAAAAGGGAAUGGGUCAGAGUAUCUUGACUUUGUGCGUAGAUAAAUACUACAUAGAUAGUAGACAUGCUGAGAAGUUCCAUAAUACAUUGCCGCUGUAAACCCGUGGCCAUACCUUACUUUGGUCAGUUGGGAAAGUGAUUGAUGCUGGCUAUAAUCUGAUUUUCAAAGGACUUCUUUUGUAAGUUGACUAUAUUUAUUUCUUUACUACUCUAAUAUAGCUUGUAGUGGGAAAUGUAAAAUAAAAUGUUUUUGGAAAUGCAGUAGUCUAUUUGUUGAAAAUGCAGUCAAAUGCUAACUUUUUAGAGUUUUAGCCUGUUGAAAAGUCAUUGUGAUUUUUUAUUGUUGUCUGAUUACUUGCAUUACAAAUAGUAGCACAUAUUAGUCACUACUGCAAAUAUUGCAUAUGAAUAUUUUAUAAUAAAUGUACACAUCCAGUAUAACAUUUGCAACAUUUUACUUCAAGGGUCAGAUGAGGUUUGCAGAGUUGAGUUGGCUUGGAAAACUAAAAGCUUCACUGAUUCUUCCUGCAACUCUACAUCCAGAGAGGGACAUGAACCUGAAUGAGACAUUUCUCACGGAUGGUCUGGUCUGAGUAUACUACAGUUGGAACAGUCUUCACGAGACACAGGAAGAAUAUCCGGCCGGUGAACAGGUCCCUCACCCGUCCUCUGAGCCAAUUAACCUGUGACGAGCCUGUUGGUACAACGCUGAUUAAUUAGAGCAGGGAAGAGAUCUACACAUGAUGUGGAAAAGCCCUCAGCUCAGGAUCCAUCCAGGAUCAACACCGUCGUCAACAACAGCACCUUCUCCACAUGUGUAGACCUGCAGGCUGCCAUAAGACCAAACACUCACACCAUCUUCAUUGGUCAUGAAUCCAUAGUUAAUGCAGACCGCCUGUGUGAGUGGGAGUGCCUUGCCAUAAGUUUUGCCGUCACUUGAUUACUGUCGGUGUCGUAGAGGGGGCUGUACUACAGUCUGCAGGCCAUGUGGCCACUGAUGCUGCUGCUGCUGCUGGUGCAACACUAACCCUCCGCAAACACCGACAGCGGAGCAGAGAGAGAGAGAGAGCGAGAGAGAGAAGGAGAAGGAGAGGAGAGGAGAGGACAGUGAGCAGGAAGGAGGCGGCGCUGCACCGACAACUGCGUCCCACUCCUAAAAGCAAACAUCUUUACAUCCUCCAACACAGACUUCUUAUCGCUCCGACAUUCACUUGAUCACAGCUUUGUCGUUCACGACGGAGGGGAGCCGCGCGAGCAUUGAAGGUUUACACACCGGAGAGGGGUGAGCUGCAACAAAGGAGCAGUCCCUAUCAGUUCAGACCUACGAAUUACCAGACUGGAGUACUCAC